ACAGUGAACGAACUUACACAGCGUAGCUUACACCAAUCACCACCGUAAAAUGUCGAAUGCCAUAAAACCAGAAGUGAGUGAUAAUAAAAGAAGCUAAGUGAAAAACCAACUGCCGUCCGAGCAUUUAACCGAAACGUUGGUCACUUUGUCUAAUGGAGAUUUCAUACAGUUUGAUGAUGAUGUUUAUGCUGAUAAUGAUGGAUUAUUUGUGAAGCUUUUACAGACGCUCGCUGACGAUAUGCAGUAUAAAGUGAUAUUUACAUUGUAGAGCGCUAAAAUACAAACAAAUAUAGAUAUGUAUAUGUAUUUAUACGUAUGCAUAUAAAUGAAGUAAAGUGAACCUUUGAAGUGGUGACGUGUGUGAAAAAAAUGGUUUUCCAGUAAAUAUGUACCAGAAAGGCAAACAACUCGUAUUAUCAUGUCGCUGAAGUUGUUGUUAAUGUUGGUGUUGAUAGUUAUUGUCAGAGAAGAAGAAGCAGCAGCAGCAUUUUCCAAGUACGCUAAUAUGAACUAUGAACAGCAACAACAAUAACAACUAACACAAUACAACAACAAUGUGUUUGAUUAAUCGCUAAACGACGCGGAAGCGCUUUGUUUAGUGAUUGUUGUCACGUGACUGCAUAACAUUUUAAACGGCUAACGGUAAAGCGAACCACCGCCCACAAAGCGUUGCAGCAAAGCUUCAACUUUAAAAGACUUUAAUUGUGUUUAAACGAUUGCUAUGCUUUUGUUGGGUAAAAUGUGAACUCGUGAGUGAAGUCGCUUGCGCUUGCAUGCCUUGAAGUGCGAGAGGAAAUUAAGAAUUUUCAAUUCACAACAAAUGAACUGUUAAACAACGGCGCUUGGCUUGUCAUAAAUAAAAUCGGCUGGUUACACUUUUAAAGUAUGGUUUAUGGACGCAGCAUCGCCAUCGGUGGCUGUCUGCUGCUUUUGGUCAUUACACUUUCGGCAUUAAUAUUCUAUUUAAGUUUAGGACCCUGUCCGCAGGGCACAUUCGCCUGUGAUGGCAACACGUUGUGCGUGCCGCAGCGUCAAAUUUGUGACAAUCGCACAGAUUGCGACGACGGCAGUGACGAACACCCGGUCGAGUGUGGCCUACUUUAUGGCAGUAAGGCGCUGACCGAUAAAAUUGUCGGCAAUGCAAUCGAACGCCGUCGACAACAACAGCGACAAAAGCAACAACAGCAAAGUAAGAUAUUUAGCAGCGGUCACAAUGGCACCGCGACAGAAUUGAUAAAUGUGACGACAGUGGGUGUGACACCGUUGGGGCAAGCAACCAUUGACACCGAAAAUGGUGGACGGAGUACGCAAGUGAGUGACAACGAUACAGUUUGCGAAAUAACAACAUAUCCGAAAGGUGUUUGCACCUGCCGCCAGCGUACUUUAUUGUAUUGUGGACGCAAGGCGAAAUUAAUCCGCAUACCGCGCUUAAGCGCUGAGGUGACGCAUCUGAUGAUCGGUCGCAGUAAUUUGACGCUGCGUGAAAAUAGCUUUACUGGGCUGAAACACUUACAGAAGCUCUCACUGAAGCAUUGCAACAUAUCGCAUGUGCCGCUAGGCACAUUCAAUGGCCUACAUCAGCUGGAGAAAUUGGAUGUGCGGCAUAACAAUAUAAGCACAUUGGCAGUUGGCAUAUUUCGUGGCAUGAAUUCGCUGGUGUGGCUCUUUCUCAUUUCGAAUCAAUUGCGUCAGUUGCCGUUGGCGCAAUUUGUGGACAUGCCACGCCUCGAAUGGUUGAUGCUGAGUGAUAAUUUGCUCACACUGCGUAACGAGAAAUUUCCGCACAUGCAGCGUCUCUAUGAAAUCUAUUUGGAUUCAAAUGCCAUUGAGUACAUUUCAGAGGACAUGUUUGCAAAUCUUGCCACUUUAAAUCUGUUAAAUCUCAAUGACAAUCGUAUUACCCACAUUCAUCCGAGAGCUUUUUGGAGUUUGCAUGACAUCAGAGAUAUCCGACUCAUUGGUAAUCCCCUGAAGGAGCUAUCUGGCGAAGUAUUUCUACGCAGUAGUUGCUUAGAAGCGCUUUCCCUCAGUCACACACCCUUAUACAUCAGCCAUCAGCUUGUUGGAUAUCUAAAUAUUUCGUAUCUUAAUUUGACGGGCAUCCCAUUCGAGCGCAUAGAUUUUGAAGCCAUCAAUCUGAUGUCUAACCUCAAGUAUAUUGAGUUCGAUCGUUUCUACUUCUGUUCGAUGACACCGCAACUUCGUAUGUGUAAGCCGAAUAGUGAUGGAGUUUCGUCAUUUCGGGAUCUGCUGAGUAAACCGGUGCUACGCUACUCGGCUUGGAUAAUGGCUUUUGUAACGGUAGUGGGAAAUAUAAUGGUACUUUGGGGACGUUUCAUCUAUCGCGAUGAGAACAUUGCCGUCACAAUGGUUAUACGCAACUUGGCACUGGCUGAUAUAUUAAUGGGUUUCUAUUUAAUAACAAUUGGCGUACAGGAUUAUCGUUAUCGGAGCGAAUAUUACAAGGUCGCACUGGAUUGGAUUACCUCUUGGCAGUGCGCGGCUAUCGGCUCGCUGGCCGUCACAUCAUCCGAGGUGUCCAUGUUGAUACUCGCCUUCAUGUCAUUCGAACGUUUCCUACUUAUCGCCGAUCCGUUUCGCAGUCAACACCGUAUCGGUAUUAAGAAUAUUUUUAUAGCCCUACUGGCUAUCUGGUUGAUGGGCGUGGGCAUUGCAGUGGCGCCAGUUGCGCUAUGGCACUCAAGCACCAAAUUCUAUGGCACCUACUCGGGCACAUGCUUCCCGUUGCACAUACAAGAACCAUAUCCACUGGGUUGGCAAUAUUCGGCGUUCAUCUUCUUGGGCGUGAAUUUAUUUUUACUACUAAUGAUUGCGCUACUCUAUACAGCGUUGCUUAUAUCCAUUUGGCGUACACGUAAAGCGACACCACUCUCCCUGUUGGAUUGUGAAUUUGCGGUGCGUUUCUUUUUCAUUGUACUCACGGAUGUGUUGUGUUGGGCGCCUAUUAUUGCCAUGAAGAUUUGGGUCUUCUUCAACUAUAACAUUUCGGACGAUAUCUACGCUUGGUUGGUAGUAUUCAUAUUGCCGCUGAAUUCCGCUGUCAAUCCGCUGCUGUACACAUUCACCACUCCGAAAUAUCGCAAUCAAAUACUCUUACGCGGUUGGAAGAAAAUAACAUCGCGACGUCGAGCUGAUCCAUCUAACGGUUUGGCGACGACAAUUGCAACCGCCACCGCAUCAUCAAAUCCGGAUGAAUCGUCGAGCAAGGCUAUACCGCUGACCGUGAAUCAUUGAGAGUAGCUUUAUUCGUACAAAUAUCUAUGUAGUUAUACAUAGAGGGUGGUCACUAUGGUUCUAUCGUAAUUACUGUUGACCGUGUUAGUCAUAGUGUUUGCAAAGAAAAUGGUUCAUGGUGCCACCACUCCAAAAACUGGUUCCGAAAAGUGCGCUUGAUAAAUAUGCAGUUCAUUAUAUUAAUUUUUUCUCUCACCAUAAAAGUUCAACCUUUCCAAAUCCACUUCCACAUGUAAUGGCGGUCCGUGUCUGUCAAAGUUCGGAUUUCAGUUUUAUUGUUGUUGUUUUAACGGUUACCCAAACCUGCUUCAUCCUCUUCUUCUUGACUGGCGUAGACACCGCUUACGCGGUUAUAGCCGCAAAACCUUUCUCUCGAAAACUCCUAGUGCCGCCUCAUCGGAUGUUGACACCGUCCACGCUUCUGCACCAUAAAGUAGGACGGGAAUGAUAAGGGACUUGUUGAGUUUAGUUUUUGUUCGUCGAGAGAGGACUUUACUUUUCAAUUGCCUACUCAGUCCAUAGUAGCACCUGUUGGCAAGAGUCAUUCUGCGUUGGAUUUCAAGGCUGACAUUAUUUUUGAUGUUAAUGCUGGUUCCCAGGUAGACGAAAUUAUCUACAACUUCAAAGUUAUGACUGUCAACAGUGACGUGGAAGCCAAGACGCGAAUGCGCUGACUGUUUGUUUGAUGACAGGAGAUAUUUCGUCUUGUCCUCGUUCUCCGCCAGACCCAUUCGCUUCGCUUCCUUAUCCAGGCGGGAAAAAGCAGAACUAACGGCGCGGGUGUUGUUUCCAAUGAUAUCGAUAUCAUCGGCGUACGCCAGUAGCUGUACACUCUUAUAAAAAAUUAUACCUUCGCUGUUUAGCUCUGCAGCUCGUAUUAUUUUUUCCAACAUCAAGUUAAAGAAGUCGCACGAUAGUGAGUCACCUUGUCUGAAACCUCGUUUGGUAUCGAACGGCUCGGAGAGGUCCUUCCCAAUCAUGACGGAGCUUUUGGUGUUGCUCAACGUCAACUUACACAGCCGUAUUAGUUUUACGGGGAUACCAAAUUCAGACAUCGCGGCAUAAAGGCAGCUUCUUUUCGUGCUGUCGAAAGCAGCUUUAAAGUCGGCAAAUAUAUGGUGUGUGUCGAUCCUCUUAUCACGGGUCUUCUCAAAGAUUUGGCGCAUGGUGAAUAUCUGGUCAGUUGUUGAUUUUCCAGGUCUAAAGCUAAACUGAUAAAGUCCAAUCAGUUUGUUGAUGGUGGGCUUUAGUCUUUCACACAGUACGCUCGAUAGAACCUUAUAAACGAUGUUAAGAAGACUUAUCCCACGAUAGUUGGCGCAGAUUGUGGGAUCUCCCUUUUUGUGGAUUGGGCAGAGUACACUGAGAUUCCAAACGUCGGGCAUGCUUUCUUCCGACCAUAUUCCGCAAAGAAGCUGAUGCAUGCACCUUAUCAGCUCUUCGCCGCCGUAUUUGAAUAGCUCGGCCGGCAAUCCAUCGGCCACCGCCGCCUUGUUGUUCUUCAAGCGGAUAAUUGCUAUUCUAAUUCCUGCUUCAACCGGAAAGCUUAAAUUAAUUGAUCAAAAUCAUCUAACGGUAGGCCACGGAAACGAGCUAUUUCGAUAGGGUCGGGCGAGAGGGAAAGGGGUGUUAGAUGAGUGGUGUUUAGGGGGUAUGCAAAGAGGUGGUUAGUGUCAUGGGAGACUCUUUGCAUGCAGGACAUAUGUUGAGUAUGUCAGGCUCUAGUCUGGAAGCUACAGUAUCCAGAAAGAACUUGAGCGAGGGUCACUCUAGUUUCGCAAGGCAACUCAAGCUCUAUGUGUGCUGUGGUGAUGUUUUAUCUUCAAGUACGCCAUUCACGGGCAGGGAGUCGACGAAGAUGUUAAUGGCUCCUCUGUAAAUGGCGUUCAGUGCUUGUCGAAAGUCUGUCGCAUCCGAAGUACUGUCGGUAUAGUCCUGGUACUCUUGAUGGCUCUGUCUGGAGAGAAUUUCGUUAUGCACAGGUAUGCAAUCCCCACAACAGCCGGUUCUGCGAUAGCUGGAUUGACACGGAUUUUCAGAUCCCACUAAGGGCUAUUAUUUAGGCGUUCCAGACCUGUUUGGAUACGUCAGUUUUAGAUUUUGACUUUUUUCUUCGAAGCUGCUUUGUAUUCUUAAACUCUUUCCAAAUUAUUACGGAUAAUAGUCUUCUUCCGGUAAAUUUAGUUUAUAUAGCGUUAUAUUAUGAGGCUCUAAUCCAUCAGUUCUAGAAAUCCUGAGAGCAAUCAACUACUAUUUAAUAAUAGUUACUUGUAUCCUUCAGAUACUCCGUCUAAUUUAGGCAUACCUUAGGUUCUUCGAGGCUAUUGCUAUAGAAGGCAGUGUUAAUGAAAUUGUCUGCGUUUUUCUCGGAUGUCGAUAUGCCGUAAUAUUAUAGAUUCUUAUAUGAACCGACACUGUCAAAAUAAUGUAUCAACCAUAUGGAUCACCCUUUAUACAAAUGAAUUAUGUAAGAACGUAUGUAUUUCCGUGCCACCAAGUGGUUGAGCGGUCAUCAUCAUCUAUUAAAAACACAUAUUACAUACAAACAUAAAUAGCUGUAAGUAAGAAAAUA